AUGAAAGCUUACACAUCAAAGAAGAACAACUUUCUUUCUUUUUUACUCUCCGACACAGUCUUCGCCUUUCUUUCUUUUCUUUUAAUAAUAUUUGAAUAUUCUUUCUUUCCAUCCCUCUCUCUAGUUAUUUCUUUCAUUAUUUCUCCAGUUUUAAAAGGAUAUAUAUUUGCCUGUUUCUUCUCUUUUCUGUCAAUAUCUAUCUAUCUAUCUAUCUAUCUAUCUAUCUAUAAAACAAUGUAUUUGAUUGAGGGAGGCGGGGCGGGGGUAAACGAAACUGUGGCAGCUGGGAAGGUGGCAGUGGUCGGAGGUGGGAAAUCGCGAAUAUUUUACUUUCCUUCCUUUCUUCAUUUUUUUUCUUUCCUUUUCAUAUUUCGUGAGCUGACUUCUGAUGAGCAUUCGAUGCAUUUUUAUUUUACGAGUGGCGAUCAGCUUUCGUUAGUUUUCUGUCUUAUUUCCAAUUCUACGACUAUUUCUCUCUCUUGUCUAAGUCAGAAAUCUACCCGCGGGGAAUUAAAAGUGUGCUAG